UAACGUCAUUACGUCACAUGUCCAGAGCGGCAUUAGCAACAGUUGAAUCAAGCAAUAUACAAUUAUUAUCAGACAAUGUUUCGGAAUUAUUACGCGGAAUAGGGUAUGGAAGAUCCGAGGGACAGUUGGUAUAAACCAAACCUGCUGUAUAACAUCCAUUACAAACCAACAAAUCCAGGGACACCACCAAAGAUGAAGAUAAUCACAAAGAAAUUCAAUCCAAGUUAUUGUACUUGUGGGCAGCAUGGAUGUGAACCACGUUAUAGAAUGGAAAAGGAAAUUGUAUGGUUAAAUAAUGAGCCAGAAAAUAAAGAAGAAAGAAUGCUAGACGCAGGAAACCCUGGUGAUGAUAGCAUUGUAAAUGAUGAUGAUGAUGCCGAUGAUGUAAAUGAUGAUGCCGAUGAUGUGAAGGAUGAUGCCGAUGAUGUGAAUGAUGAUGCCGAUGAUGUGAAGGAUGAUGCCGAUGAUGAAAAUGAUGAUGCCGAUGAUGUAAAUGAUGAUGCCGAUGAUGUAAAUGGUGAUGCCGAUGAUGUAAAUGAUGAUGCCGAUGAUGUAAAGGAUGAUGCCGAUGAUGUUAAUGAUGAUGCCGAUGAUGUAAAGGAUGAUGCCGAUGAUGUUAAUGAUGAUGCUGAUGAUGUAAAGGAUGAUGCCGAUGAUGUUAAUGAUGAUGCCGAUGAUGUAAAGGAUGAUGCCGAUGAUGUAAAUGAUGAUAAUGAUGAUGUAAAUGAUGAUGAUGAUGAUGUAAAUGAUGAUGCCGAUGAUGUAAAUGAUGAUGCAGAUGAUGUAAAGGAUGAUGCCAAUGAUGUUUAUGAUGAUGCGGAUGAUGUAAAUGAUGAUGCUGAUGAAUUAAAGGAUGUUGCCGAUAAUGUAAAGGAUGAUGCCGCUGAUGUUAAUUAUGAUAUCGAUGAUGUAAAUGAUGUCGUUUGCACUAGAGUUGUUGACAACACCGAUGACGACCUCGCAGACUGUGGUGAGCCUGACCUCAUUGUAGCAGAUGUUGAAGUUACUUACGAUGACGAUGAUUUUGGUUCAUCCUUUGGAAUCAUGAGUGUGUACUGCGACAGUGGGAUUCAUACAGCAUGGUAAGUUAAUAAAAUAACCUUGUACAUAUAGAUCUGAC